GUGAAAGUCAUACACAAUGGGUUAAGAUACAUAUCAAUUCUGAUUAUUUUAAGGAUAACUGCUUAAACUGGUUACUAAAAAUCUCAGAUUCAUUCAUUGAACCAAUUUAUAGUAAACAACCUUAAAGUAAAUCUUAUAAAAUGAUUAUAAGAUUCGGUUAUUUAAAUAAUUUAGUUGGAACUACGAUAGCUUGAGCCGUCAACAUCAACAGCAUCGACAUCAAGCAAAGUCACUUGUCUGUUUUGCGACCGCACGCAAGAAAGAUGUGAGAGGCAGUUAACCUUAUAUUCCCUCAAAGUGAAAAAUUACCAAUACAAAUUAAAAAAUAUGGCUGAAAAUGUUGGUGAUUCGGAGAUCCUCUCGAAAUUUCAACAUUAAACUGUUGCGUACCAUCAGUAUAUCUACAAUUUCAGCAUUAAUAUCAAUUUAUUUUGGCAUUGGAUUUUUAAUUGCACAAUUUUUUAAUUCUGCUAUCAAAGCUGUUGGUAUUGGAGGCAUUUUCCUUUUCUUUGCAGUUUGUUGUUUCAUUUCCUGUUUGUUUAUUAAAUUCUUUGUAAUAGAAACUAGGGGAAAAUCUCUUGAGGAAAUUCAAGAUAUUUUGAAUGGAAAAACCAGUUCAACCGGCUCAAAUGAUGGUAUUAAGUAAAUUCAUGAUAUGUUAUUUUGAUUCUUUGAUACUGAAUGUUUUUUUUAUUAAAUGCGUAAAAACCGUUGAAUGUAUGUAAUUUGUAAUAAAAAAUAACAUAAAGAAAGUUUAAUUUUUAAAUACCUGAUGUUCUUAAUUGAUGGUCAACCAAGGAUGGUUCCAGGGAGAGAGCAAUGCCUCCCCCCUCCCCGAGAUUAUAAUUCUUACAAUCCAUGAGCCUUUUAUUAAACAAAUAUGCCAAAAAGGGAAUUGCCAAUGCAAAUAGCCUACUCCAAAAAUUUGGUCGGAAGCUGCCCUUGUACCCAAUUCUUCUCCUAGUUAUAAUAACUUUAAUUAUAGCCAAAUUGUACUGUAUAUUCUGAUGUGUCUAUUACACAUAUAUAUCUGUUGAGAAGUAACAUCGUAUUACAACCUUUCUAUAUUACCGAUGCUUAGUCAAAAUGGUUAAUUUUUUUUAUAUACAACGCUAUAUUUGAGUUAUAUAAUUUUUUUAAAUAUCUAAUAGAAUUAUUUGUUGCAACUUAAAACAUUUAAUAAGUGAAUUAUUUUCAACUACAUUAAAAAAAGAUAUAUUAUUAUUAUGUUUGUGAAUAGGCUACAGUUUGCUAAAAUAUAUUUUUUUUCUAAUAAUGCAUUUUUCGGUC